AUGGAGGAAAAGCGACUGAAGAGAAGGAUAGUGUUAGUUCCAGUUCCAGCACAAGGGCAUGUAACUCCGAUUAUGCAACUCGGGAAAGCUCUAUACUCUAAAGGCUUCUCCAUCACUGUUAUUCAGACACAGUACAAUCGAGUUAGCUCUUCCAAAGAGUUCUCUGAUUUUCAUUUUCUCACCAUCCCAGGCAGUUUAACCGAGUCUGAUCUUAAAAACCUCGGACCGCUCCAGUUUCUAAUGAAGCUCAAUCAAAUUUGCGAGGCAAGCUUCAAGAAUUGUCUAGGUCAACUAUUGCAAGAGCAAGGUGACCAUGAUGAGAUUGCUUGUGUCGUCUACGAUGAGUACAUGUACUUCUCUGCAGCUGCACCUAAGGAGUUUCAACUUCCAAGUGUUGUCUUCAGUACGACAAACGCUACUGCCUUUGUCUGCCGCUCUGUUUUGGCCAAAGUCAACGCAGACAAUUUCUUGAUCGACAUGAAAGAUCCUGAAGUGCAAGACAAAUUGUUUCCAGGAUUGCAUCCUCUAAGGUACAAGGACCUACCAACUACAGCAUUUGGGCCACUAGAGAGUAUGAUCAAGGUCUACAGUGAAGUUGUUAACACUCGAACAGCUUCCGCGGUCAUCAUCAAUUCAGCGAGCUGUCUAGAGAGCUCCUCUUUGGCACGGUUACAGCGAGAACUACAAGUUCGGGUGUAUCCUAUAGGCCCGCUUCACAUCGCAGCUUCUGCACCUUCUAGUUUGCUUGAAGAAGACCGGAGCUGCAUCGAGUGGUUGAACAAGCAGAAACCAAGAUCAGUGAUUUACAUAAGCUUGGGAAGCUUAGCUCUGAUGGAAACCAAAGACAUGUUGGAGAUGGCCAGGGGCUUGAGUAAUAGCAAGCAACCUUUCUUGUGGGUGAUCCGACCAGGUUCUAUUCCCGCCUCUGAGUGGACAGAGUCCUUACCGGAGGAAUUCGGCAAGCUGGUUUCAGAGAGAGGUUACAUUGUGAAAUGGGCACCGCAGAUGGAAGUUCUAAGACAUCCUGCAGUAGGAGGGUUUUGGAGCCACUGUGGUUGGAACUCGACGCUAGAGAGCAUCGGGGAAGGUGUUCCGAUGAUUUGCAGGCCUUUCACCGGCGAUCAGAAAGUCAAUGCGAGGUACUUAGAGAGAGUUUGGAGAAUUGGUGUUCAACUGGAGGGGGAGCUGGAGAAAGAAACUGUGGAGAGAGCUGUGAAGAGGUUGAUUGGGGAUGAAGAAGGAGCAGAGAUGAGGAAGAGAGUCAUCGAUUUGAAAGAGAAGCUCGAAGCCUCUGCCAGAAGUGGAGGUUCCUCAUUUAGCUCAUUGGAAAAUUUUGUCAACUCCUUGAAAACGAAUAAUUUCAGGAAGCAAUGCCCUGUUCAAAGUCAAAAGUGUAUCAGAAGAGAUUCAUCAUUGUGA